CGAAGACAUAAAUUCGGCCCUGUCAUGAGUUUAUGCUAAUGGGUUUAGUAAUAGGUGAAUAAUUUUAAUGUGCCAAAGGGACGUGUUAUUUUGCUUCCAGUUGAAAGUGAAAGUAGACACGAGAGAAAACCGUUUGCCCCCAAUUGUGUCCUGCCCCGCCUUGACUUUCGCUACGUCAGUGCCAAGGUGAGCUGCCGUAGCUGUUGGCCACCUGGAAGGAUUGCUGUCAGCGACAAGCAGUCACUAAUAUAAACAGAAUUUGGAAGAAAUAACUUAGGUUAUAAAAUGACCUCUCUUCGUUUGUAUUCCCUUUCGGACAGUCCUCCUGCAUGUGCUGUUCGUCUUUGCCUUGAAUGUUUGGGCCUCAAUUACACUACUGUUGAUGUCGACUAUGUAAAUGGAGAGCAUUUGUCUGAAGAGUAUGCACUUAAAAAUCCUCAGAAAGAAAUACCUGUACUAGAUGAUAAUGGAUUUCUUCUCAGUGAGAGUGCUGCAAUUCUUCAGUAUCUCAGUGAAAAAUAUGAUACUCAAGGAAAACUGUACCCAAAAGAUGUACAACAGAGGGCUAUUGUAAAUCAUCGCUUGGCAUUCAAUCUUUCAUCAUAUUAUCAAAGAAUACUGGAGUAUGCUAUUGCUCCAAUCUUUUUUGAUUAUCCUAAAACCACAACUGGUUUAAAGAAAAUGAAAGAAAGUCUUUCAGUAUUCAACACAAUUUUACAAAGGCAAGGAGCAAAAUUUUCUGCAGGAGAUUCUUUGACAAUUGCUGAUUUUGCUUUAGUUGCUGCAACUAUGUGCUUGGAAGCUGUGGAAUUUGACCUGAGUAACUAUCCCAAUAUUGUACAAUGGUACAAUAAUUUCAAAAGAGAGUACCCUAAGUUAUGGGCAAUUUCUGAAAAAGCAAUGUUAGAAUUACAUGAAUUUUAUAAAAAUCCUCCAAAUUUAUCAGAAAUGAAACAUCCGUAUCAUCCAGUUCGCAAACAAUAACAAGAAAGUUCUGAAGGUGAUACACUUAAUAUGCUAUAUAAUAAACAUAAAACUGUGUUGUAACAGCCAAUAAAGGACAUUAGGUUUAUACGAA